ACCAUGACCUGAACUACCCUCAAGUCGCUCUCGCAAGACUUUGUCCCUCCACGGCUCCAGUAGCAGCUCUUCCGGUAGAGAAAUUGUGCGUUAGCGGUUUGUGUGAAGGUCGUGAGUCCAACCUUUGAAUCCACCAUGUCUCUGCCAAAGCCUGUGAUGAGAGGGAUGCUGGCGAAGCGUCUGAGGAUUCACCUGCCCCUCGCUUUCGUUGUAUCUUUUGGACUUGCCCUAACAUACAAGUUUGCAGUGGCUGAGCCCAGGAAACGGGCCUACGCUGAGUUCUACAAGACGUACGACUCCAUCAAAGAUUUCAACGCCAUGAGGGAAGCCGGCGUCUUUGAGAGUGUGCGGCCCACUGGGAAGUAAAACACACUCUCUUCUCCCCUGUGAUUCAUUCCUGCUGAGGAUGAAGUUCCUUCUCGCCCUCUUGGAUGUUAUUUACUGGUUAGAUGUGAACUGCGCUAUGCUGUUUGGUUCCUCUAAAUAAAAUUAUUCUGUUAAUGUAAAA